AUAUGCGUUGGGCGAAAGCCUGAUGUUCGUCCCCUCAUAAGUGUUUUUGCAGGAUGUAUGCUGACGUAAGGGUGUUGAUAGAUGGUUCUGGACAUUCAGAAGAGUCCGGAGUACACGGAUUCGAUCGAUUUCUUGCUCGAGUUGUUGAAGAAGUACUCGCAGAAGUUGAAGGAGACCGGUAACGAGGCUGUUGAUUCCGCAUCCUCUGCUGAGACGAACUCACAUUUCGACAUUGCCCUUCAGAAGGCUCAUGCCAUCCUUCUCAACUUUGCUCAAGGCAACGAUGGUGCUACUGUCAAGGAUGCCGCCAAGAAGGUCGUUGAUGACGUCUCGUCCGAUGAUGAGUUGUCCGAGUUCUUCGAUGACAUUGGUGAUUACUUGCAGCGUCUCCUGAGGAAGGAGGGCUAUGUCAUGAGUGAUGCCGCCGACCAUGAGGCUCACGACCUCUACGAGCGUGGACAGAAGCUGGCCACGAAGGAGCAGUAUAAGCAUGACAUGGAUAACCUCCUCGAGGAGGUCACCUCUUUCUUUGACUCUAUCCGCACCGACAAGACGUCAAGGCGUGUUGUGGAGUUGGGAGUCAAGUGCUGGGAAGAUGUCGCGAUGAACAAGCACGGUCGUCCCGUCUUCAAGAAGCGGGUCUGGCGCGAUUUGGUCGAUGUCGUUCUCCCCAAGUUGAUUUCCUCCGUCAAGUACGUCCCCGUUCCACGUAUCGAGUUCCAAGAUGCGAAUGUGGACUUGGUCGUCGAGAACCUCAUCUUCGAAUCCGACAACUUCUUGCCGCACAAGAUCUUCAUCGAUGAUCGUAACAUGAUGGAGAUGAUCAACGCGUAUACGGUUACGUCGAAGUAUCGCCACACCACCAACAUCAAGAUCAGGAAUUUCUCGCUGUUUGCGAAGGAUGUUGCGUUUUAUGUGAAGAAGAAGACGGGGUUGAUCAAGCUUGAAGAUAAGGGAUUCCUUGACAUCUUCAUGGAUGGGGAUGGUGUCUCGGCUGAGAUCACCCUCGAGUCUGACUCGACUGACGAUGAUUUGGAUUAUGAGUACUUCCACGUCGACAAGGUCGACGUCACGAUUCACAAGUUCAAGUAUGCGGUUCAUGGCGCCGAACACGCUCUCCUUGCGACCAUCCUCCAGCCUUUCGUUUCGAGCUUCAUCAAAACCGCAGUCUCCACCCUCCUCGAAAAGUACAUUGCCCAAGAAUUCGAACGUCUCGAUCGCCAGAUCCGUCUCUUCUCCGAACGCAUCAAGGCCGCGACCGUCGCAAACAACGGACAGGCCUCCCCUGAGGCUUGGAUCCGUGCGGUCUUUGGUCCGCUCACCGGAGGCGGAGGAGGCGGGCAGAAGGGACAGUAUGCGGUCAAUUUGGGGAGUGAGACGUUGUUGCCUGGGGUAAGGCCGCCUGGGAGUUUGGGUGAGGAGGUGUGGAGGAGGGAUCUGGAGUUGGAGGAGGAGGCUGCGCGGAAGGUUACUUGGAGGACCAACAUCUUUGAUGUGUAGGUCACGAAAGUGCGAGUUUUGGAAUGGAAAUGAGAGACCAGUGUUGGCAAUGGCAUGAGAAGGACGUUAUUGGUCGGAUUCGGGC